AUGAGGAUGAGACUUAAGAUUUUCUGUGGUGUCUUUGUGGUGCUCUGUAUUUUGGAAUACAUCAAAGCUCAACCUGAUGGGAAUGAUGUGAUACAGAUGGAUUAUCAGAAAUCCUCCAGUACAUCAGUUAAGUCAAUGGGAUGGACUGAGAAAGCCAGGAGUUUGAUAUCAGGACCAGCGGGACAAAUUGUUGUGAAUUUAGCCAAAGAGAUGUUGAGUCGUUCUACAGGAAAUAGUCAAGUCUUGAGCCUCAACCUCACUAAUCUCUUCGUCCUGCUCUUCCUCAAAGCACUGAUCUUCUCAGCUGGACUCCUUGGAACUGGACAUUGGGGUGGUGGUGGUGGCUACUUUGGCAGAGGACGAAGUGCCGAAAAAUCAUUUCUAGAGUAUGAGGAGGUGCCUCUGAUGCUGGGGUAUCUGGCUAGCGAGGGUUCGGGCCAGAAAGGCUGCCUCUAUCGAGCAGCAUGUCUCGCACCCUACAGUGCUCUUGAUUAUGCAAAAGCUGGUCAUGCUGUUCUGAAGGGUUCGGAAAUAUUCAAUCCAGAUCUGAAGCAUGAUUUUCACUACAAUCACAUACUCAAAGGACUUGAGAGGGCUGCCAUGGAGGGAAUCGAGAAUGUACCUUGCGAAAUGGUCUAUCCAUGUUCAUCGUGGCUGAGCAUCAAUCCGUCCGCCAAAUGA